GGGGAGAAUACGAACGAAUCCAGCCCUAGUCGGCAAGGCAAGGCUAAGGCCGCUGCGAUCGAUGGACAUCCCGACGGAGCUGGUGCUGGAGAUCCUGCAGCGGCUCCCCUGGACGUCGCGCCGGCGCCUGCGCCUGGUCUGCCGUGCCUGGCGCGACCUCGUCCACCAGCACACCACGGAGAUGAAGCAGCGCCGCCACACCGCGCCCCUCCUCGUCACCACGGACUCCGCCUACGUCCUCGACGUCGACGACCUAGACCUAGACCAACAGUCCUACUCCUCUCACACCUGCGUACCGAGAGAGCUGCAUCUCCGCGACCUUUACAGCGAGCACACGGAGGUGGUCGGCGUCUGCAACGGCGUGUUCUGCCUCUGCGACGACAACAAGCCCGGCGGCGCCAUCACCCUCGCCAACCCCGCCACCGGCGACGUCCUCGCGCUCCCGCCCACGCCGCGCGACGGCCUCUUCCGGCGCCACAACACGCGCCGCUCCGGCAGGAGCUGGCACCAGGCCUACAGCUUCGGGUACCACCACGGGACGGGGCAGUACAAGGUGGUGCACGUCCCCUGCUUCUUCAAGACCAAGGACACGCUCCAGGUGUUCACUCUCGGGGAGGCCUCCUGGAGGGAAGUCCCGACGCCUACCUACGCCAGAUGCAGGCUGGAGGCCGGCGUCGUCAGCUUCGACGGCGCCACAUACUGGGUCGCCGAGGGGUCGGAGGACAGGAUCAUGUCCUUCGACCUCGACACCGAGCGCGUCACCUGCACGCAGCCAUUGCCUAUGCCGGCCAGACCCAUCCGCCAUUUGACUCAGGUCAAUCGCAGGCUCGCCAUUGCAACGCCUACCUACGGCCAGCCGUCUUAUGGGUAUAGCGCCAUCCAGGUGUGGGUUCUAGAGGGUAAGAGGAACGAGCAGACCUGGAUCCAUCUAUACCGCUUAUAUUCUUGUCCGUCCGGAUGCGGGCAAGACAUCGCGCAGCCCUACUUCAUUCACGGCGACUAUGUCCUCAUGGAUAGGGGCGAUAAACUGGUCAUGUACAAACAUAAGCCCACCAUUCACUACUACUAUGGCGAAAGAUCCGAGUGCACUGCGGUCCAUGACAACACCUGCUACAAAGAGAAGUUGAUUUCCGAUAUAAGAGGCCGUAUCUGUCGGACAUUCGCAUACGUAAAGACAGAGGAAGCAUUGAGUGUUUAUAGGCGUUGGUGAU